CUCCAAAAACCAAUAUCCCUUCUACUCCCAAAUCUGUCCAAUGGCUUUUCAGGACCCCAACCACUCCCUGCAAACCCAGCUCUGUAGCAAUGUUUUUGGGGCAUUGACUGGGUUAAUACAACCCCUAGCUGCUGGGCUAGGCGGGGGGCAGAAGUUCUAUUGCAAUAAUGGGGUACAGAUAGCCUCCCCCCAGCAGCCGCCAGCCGCCCCUAGUGCCACAGUGAUGGUGGAGCCCGAACCGGACCGGCCUAUUGGUUAUGGAGCCUUUGGUGUGGUUUGGUCGGUAACUGAUCCCCGAGAUGGGUCACGAGUUGCACUCAAAAAGAUGCCCAACGUUUUCCAGAACCUGGUGUCUUGCAAACGGGUCUUCAGGGAGCUGAAAAUGCUCUGCUACUUCAAGCACGACAAUGUCCUCUCGGCACUGGACAUUCUCCAGCCUCCACAAAUUGACUGUUUUGAGGAAAUUUACGUCAUCACAGAGCUGAUGCAAAGUGACCUUCACAAAGUCAUUGUGUCUCCGCAACCCCUCAGUGCUGACCACAUCAAGGUCUUUCUCUAUCAAAUCCUCAGGGGCCUGAAAUAUUUGCACUCUGCCGGUGUUCUUCACCGGGACAUCAAACCUGGGAACUUGCUAGUCAACAGCAACUGUGUCCUCAAGAUCUGUGACUUUGGUUUGGCCCGAGUAGAGGAGCUGGAUGAGUCCCAGCACAUGACUCAAGAGGUGGUAACUCAGUAUUACCGGGCCCCUGAGAUCCUGAUGGGUACCAGGCACUAUGGGCGCCCAAUUGACAUUUGGUCUGUGGGCUGCAUCUUUGCUGAACUCCUGGGCAGGCGAAUCCUCUUCCAGGCCCAGAGCCCCAUUCAGCAGCUGGAUCUGAUUACGGAUCUCUUGGGGACUCCUCCAGUGGCUGCCCUCCAUUCGGCCUGCGAGGGGGCCCGUGCUCACAUACUACGUGGCAAUCACAAGCCGCCCUCGCUGUCUGUCCUUUACAUGCUCUCGGGGGAAGCCACACACGAAGCCAUCCAUCUGCUUUGCCGGAUGUUGGUCUUUGACCCGGCCAAAAGGAUCUCUGCCAAGGACGCUCUCUCUCACCCCUACUUGGAUGAGGGGCGGCUGCGUUACCACACGUGCAUGUGUACCUGCUGUUUCUCCGUCUCCUCGGGCCGCGUCUACACCAGUGACUUCGAGCCCCGGGCAGACCCGAUGUUCGAUGGCUCUUAUGAGAAGAAUCUCACGUCGGUCUGGCAGGUCAAAGAACUGGUGCACAGGUUUAUCUUGGACCAGCAGCGGGGUAAACGUGUCCCUCUCUGUAUCAACCCCCAGUCGGCUGCCUUCAAAACCUUCAUCCGCUCAACAGCAUGGCAUUCCUCCAAAGUGUCCAAAAAGGAGGAGAGAUGAAGGUGUUUGCAGAAUGGGGUGAAGAAAUAAAAGGGAAAGAAAAAAAACUGAGGAAAGGAGAUUUGAAUUAGACAACUUUCUCACUGGAUGCCGAGAGAUAGAAGAAGAAAAGUGAAGCCACUCUUCUUAAUCCUGCACUCUUGAACAUUUUGACUCAUGGACAAACAUUUGGGGUGGGGGGAGAGUGUCUGUCUUUUUUAUUAUUUGAGGGGUGGGUGGGAAAGGGUGGGGGGGUUUUUGCCUUGAUUGAUGUCUUUUCUCCUCUUACCUUACUGUUCUGCACUGGAAGUCCCUUUAGGUUGUAUGUUUCCCUUUGUGCAGCCCCUUCCCACUCCCAAAAUAUCUGCACUGUUGCCUGACACCCCUGUUCUUGCCCACUCCUCACUGACAAAUCCUUCCCUCUGUGAUCCUCCAUUUGGGGUUGGGAGUUGUUGCCCCUGUUGGGCAUGGGGUUAAGGGGUUCCUUUGUCUGAAAUAUACUUUGCCUAUCUCUUUUUGCUCCAAAAUUUAACAAUCUCUCCCCGUUUCUUGUUUUUUUCAUCCUUAGAAUCCCAUAAUCCACCACUUACUUACCUGCCCAUACCUCCCUCCUUUUCCCAAGGGCCUCCUGUUAUUCCCUCACAUAGCUAAAAGAACUAAAAGGAUAGAUUUAUUUCCUUGCUAACUAUUCAGUUUAGAUGUUUCUCACAGCCUUCUAUUCACAUGGAAUCUUUUGCCACUACUUAAAAGAGACUUUGGGCCUAACUAAACAUUUAUAUGCAAACACAGGUAACAAAACCUCAAUAGCCUUUUUUAAAAAGAGAGACAAAAGUAAUUGAGGAGGCACAGGUUGAUGUGGAGAGCACACUUAACUCUUCCCCUACCCAGGCUUUUCUGCUCUGAAUGCUGCUUCCCAGACCCAGCUUUUUCUCCUCCAAGGGAUCCAAAUGCCUGUUUUACCUUGGCAAAAUUUUAGUUUGAAACAAAGGAUAAGAUGAAGUAAAAAAGCAUGUUGGGCAGUUGGAAGCAGAAAAAUAGUAAGUUGGGAAAGAGCAAACCAUCUUGUUCCCUUCUGCUCAUUUCUAUGCUUCAAAUUUACCUGACAAUUUGAUUUUUUAAAAAUUAUCAAAGGUUUCUACACAGAGCACAUAGACUGAAAUGAAUUGCCAUUCACUCAUUUUUAUGGAGAAUCUAGAGGACGUGGCUAACCUGUUGCAAUUCAGUAUUUUUGGGGGUGUUUUUCCUCUCCCUCAUAAAAGGUCCACUUGAUCCUUCAUAGAUUGGCACAUUUUCCUUCUACCUUCCUUUAUUGUUUCUUCCUCUGAUUUUAAUUCCUAUCUUAGCACAUUCUUGAAUAGGAUCCUCAAUCAGUUAUUGUUCCAGGAAACAGGGUGGGCAGGACAGAGACCCUCUUUCUGUUCUUCUCUUUGUGGCCAAAGCAAUUGUCCAUUCACAAACACCCCCUUAGUUUCAAGGUGGUAAUCCCACAAAUUAUGCAGUUUAUAUAAUUUUAAAAUUUGGCUGUACCUCUGAAUGGGGGUUUACUUCUUAACUAAAUAUAUAAUUGAAUUGUGCCCCUCAAAACAGGCCCUGUUAAAUUAAGGAGUGCAAAUAGUUAUGGAAAAGGAAAAGUUAAGCUGUGUGGCCUGGAUUUUAGUUACACACAUUUGCAUGCUGUAUUUAGUUAGGCCUCUUCUCAGCUCACUGAGUACAGAGAAUCUUCCUUCCCUCUCUUCUGCCUCCCCACCCUUCAGUUUACAGCCAGAUAAACCUCUCCCAUUCUUCCUAACCCUCCCUUUUUAUAAUCUAUUCCUUUAUUGUUUUUACACCCCUUCAAAAAUCUACCUCUUUAGCCCCUGUGUUUUUGUGUACACUUUUUGUGUGUGUUUUCUUGGUGGCUUUGUGUUUUUUGUUUUUGGCUGGUGGAUAUUUUCAUUUUGUCUUGAUUCCUUUAUUUAUGAUCCCAGCAGUGUUCAUAACCUCAUUUGAAUCCUGAGUGUGUGUAUAUAUGCAUAUAUAAAUAUAUAUAUAUUUUUCCCCUUUCCCUACACCAAAAGGGAAAAAAACCUGGAAACUUGAACUGUCUUGGCUGUAAUAGUUUUUGACCCCUAAUUUAAUUGUUCUCCAUAGUAGCUGAAUUAAAUUUAUGCUGUGUAUUUUC